UGGAAAAUUGGUGUUCAGGAGCUCCACAGGUUGAGUAUCGCAGUUCAGUGUGAUUCUAACAUCUUCAGUGUCAAGGUCUUUUGGUCUGUUUCUCUCUCGCGAUCGCGCGCACACAGACUUCUUUUAUUUUUUUUAUUUUUAAAGACUUAUUCUCCCCAUGAAAAUCUUCCCACCCAACAUCACUCCACUGAAAAAAAGGUGUUUUAUAUAUUUGACGUCUUCAAACUCCGCCUGAAAUAUUGCACAGUUUAGUUGAUGAUCACUGGUGGACAAGUGCAUAUCCGUUGACGCGAGUUGUCCACCUGAUCGUUACGUGUAAAAUUCUUACGAAACGUUUCAACCCAGAUCCAGAACAAUGACUACCAAUCGCUACAGAAGCAAAAGACUUUAAGGAAAGUUAUCCUUAGGAGUACCUUUCCACGUGAUCGCACUUAUUUCCUUCAACUGAUCUUCGAGUGAUCUUGUGAUCUUUGGGUGAUCUUCGAAAUAUUCGAAACAGAAAAAAAAUCGAUGUCACUAAUUCAGUGGUCAAAUCAUUGGUGAAAGAAUAUUUUAAAAAAAAAAGCCCCAGAGAAAGAGAGAAAAGAAGCACAGUUCGAAUUAAGAAAAAAAAGAAAAAAAAAACCAAGUUAUCCAGAGAAGAGGAAAAGAUUUUGCUGGUGUUGUUGAUCGCAAUUGAAAGAAAGCCAGCCAAGCCAAGAGUCGAUCGAAUUAUCAUGGAAUUCUUGAGUGUGAGAGGAGCAAACCGUUAGCCAAAUAACAGUUCUGUUGGUGGUGUUUCUUGUAUUUGUCAGUGUAUUGCUCUCACCUGGGUUUACCUCUCUUUUGCUUGGGUUAUUAUUAUAUGAAGAGUUCAAUUUUCAAUGCAGCCACCUCAUGACUGUGGCUCGUUGUCUUCCCCAUAAUCCCGCACAUUUGCCCAAACUCUCUGUGACACGACAAUAUUCAGCCACACAAAAUUACAUGCCUUGUUUCUGUGAUAACGAGAAAAAGUGAAAAUAUAUCCCUCAUUCCCGGAGCCAACAUACCACACACAAAAAUUUAUCUUUUUAUUUUUAAACACAAAAAUGACAAGUGAAACUUUGCUGUGAAUUCUGGUGCUCUUUUUUUCUGUUCUAAUUAAAUCUAAAAUCCCGGAAGAUUUCUUCAAAUUGUUCUUGUGAAAAAAAAAGCUUUUUUUUUGUUGGAGCUUUUGUACAUUCACCGGAUCCACACAUCUAACCCAAUCAAGAAGGAUUUAUAUCACCUGGAUUUUUAGCUGAAGAUUGGAGGAAUAUAAAAUUCACAUUGCUGAAUCAUUGGGGCAACUCUCAUACACCCACACAACAGAGAAAGAUGAACGAGAAGACACAGCGAGGAGGAGGAUCUCGAUGGAGACAAUGGAGUCACAAGAUUCUCUGGACAAUUCUCAUUCUCACUUCCAUGGCGACGUGCCAUUCCUCACCAGUCUACUUGAAGAAUUCUCACCAUUUGUCACACUAUCAAUCGGGUCGCAACAUCCGGCAUCUACCGUGCAAAAUUCGACGAUCUGGCGAAGAGGGUAUUUGCAUGUUUGCCAUCGAUUGUCUUAAAUCCAACGGCACUCAUCUUGGCACCUGCAUCGACAGAUUCUACUUUGGAUCGUGCUGUCAUAUGAAGGACGAUCAACUGCUGGUGGAGACAGAAAUAAGUGACAAUAGCAUAGAUGAGAAUACGAUUUCUCACUUUCUACAUCAACAAACACACCCAACGGGAGCCGCCACUGUGAGGCCAUCCAUUGAGGGUGAGACGCCAGAGAGAACAGAGAGACCACUGGUACCGGUCUCCACCAUAUCAGCCACCACUAGUCACAAUUUAUCAUCAAGUAGCGUUCCACCACUUCAUCAUCAUUAUACGAACAAUUAUGAUGUUAUUAGCCUAUCUUCUUCCUCUCCAUCCACACCAAUCUCAUCCUCAUCAACACCAUCAUCGGUGCCCUCUUCCAAUGUCAGUACAUCGAGUACACCGUUAGAUGAAACAAGAUUCACGUCAUCAACAACUCUUGCCACCACAGUGGCCAUAAAAAGUGAUCAGGUGUCCACAACGACACCAGAGAAUGUCAAACUUUCGACAUUCCAGUCUGUUGAGGAUGUUACAAAGCCACCCGCUGAGGAAGUGACUACAACAUCCACCUACAGCACAAGAUAUCCAACAAGAAGGACCACAACACCGCAAACAACAACGAGUACUAGUACUACAACAGUCAAGUCAACUUUUAGUCCCAAACCCAAACCAAAGCCAACAAAGCGUCCAUCAUCAACGAAAAAGCCCCCAGUAUCAUCAACAUCCAACCGUCCAAAGCCAUCAAGAAGACCAACAACCCCUACCCCAAAUAUAACUUCAAUCACCAAGAAACCUUCUAGAAAACCCACGACAACUACCACUUUGGCACCAAUUCUUCCUACGAGGAAGAAAACAACAACAGCUGCACCUAAAACAUCAACAACAGCUCCGAAAACAACUACAACAAGUACGACAACAAAAGCUCCAGAAACUACGACAAAAAGAGCAACAACUGAAAGAACAACAGUGACUACAACACAAUCAACAACCACCACGACAUCAACAACCCCAAAAACUACAACACAACCAACGACAACGACGGUUAAAGUCACACCAGGAACUGAUGAAGAAGAACAACCCUUGACAACGCUCAGUUUUGUUGAAACAACGAAAGCACCUCGACCGAAACCUAAACCUACGUCAUCUAUUGUGAUCGUGCCUCCAACAACUAUAGCUUCAGAAGACCCAGUGACCCAAAACAGUACACUGGGUGUAGAAACAUCAGUUAGUCAGUCAGAAGUGCCAUCAACAGCCUCUCCUGUUGAAAAUUCAACAAAGUCUGAGACGACAACAAUGUCAUCAGGACUUGUAACGUGGACAAAUAUAGAUGAGAGUGAAAUUAACAAAACAGCAAGUUCAACUGAAGGAUGGAUUCCUCUGCAGACUAUUCCAAUAGAGACUACUUCCGAAGCAAGUGCUGUUACAGAGGCCAUCAAUGCAACCACAGCGGAAGUCACGACGGCGUCAUCAACAACAGGAGCAAGUGGAAAUAUUACAGAGGACACAAGUACACAGACGACAGCCGGUGAUGUUACCCAGAAUGUGACAUCGGAAACAACAACACCAAUGCCUUCUCUGGAGGGAAUUGACUACAGACUGAUCUGCGGAAAGCGAAUGUUUCCGGAGCCAAGAAUUGUCGGUGGUACAAAGGCAGCUUUUGGACGAUGGCCAUGGCAAAUAUCACUGAGACAGUGGCGAACAUCGACCUAUUUGCACAAAUGUGGAGCGGCACUUCUCAAUGAGAAUUGGGCAAUCACAGCGGCUCAUUGUGUUGACAAUGUUCCUCCAUCUGAUCUACUUCUGCGACUCGGAGAGUACGAUUUGGCCGAAGAAGAGGAACCCUAUGGCUACCAGGAGCGUCGUGUCCAAAUUGUUGCUUCUCAUCCACAAUUUGAUCCACGAACUUUCGAAUACGAUCUUGCCCUUCUCAGAUUCUACGAGCCAGUGAUCUUCCAGCCCAACAUCAUUCCCGUCUGCGUUCCUGACUCAGAUGAGAAUUUCAUUGGAAGAACGGCUUAUGUGACGGGCUGGGGGAGACUCUACGAAGAUGGUCCUUUGCCGAGUGUCCUGCAAGAAGUCACUGUUCCUGUGAUAGAAAACUCCAUCUGUGAGGCAAUGUACCGAAGAGCUGGCUACAUCGAGCACAUUCCCCACAUAUUCAUCUGUGCCGGAUGGAAGAAUGGCGGCUUUGACUCCUGCGAAGGUGACUCCGGUGGUCCGAUGGUCAUUCAGCGUCACGACAAGCGUUUCCAGCUGGCCGGAGUCAUAUCAUGGGGCAUCGGAUGUGCCGAACCCAAUCAACCAGGUGUCUACACAAGAAUCUCAGAAUUCAGAGACUGGAUCAAUCAAAUUCUCCAAUUCUAAGAUGUUUUACACGUGAAUAAUUCUUGUCCAACACUCAGUGUUUCAAGUGAUGUUGUGCUUCAAGUUUUGUUUAGGAAAUUCCCCCAAUAUUUGAAAAUGUUACAUUUUUUUUCCAGAGAAGCUGGAAAAAGAAAGAUAUGUAGAGACAUUUUUACAAAACAUGAACAUUCCGUCUAAAGUAAUUGUUAAAUGAGUUUCAUUUUUUUUUUUUUUAAUUUAAUUGUUCAAAAUAGUUCUAAUUAUAAUUGUGGUUUUCUCUCGUUCGGGAAAAUAAAAGAAAAAAGAGAUAUUAUUUUAUUUAAAAUUCGAAUGACAUUAGUGUGUAAAUAGUGUUAAAAGAAAAAGAAUAGAAAACGAACUAAAAUGUGAAUGAAUGAUUAAACCAAAAUAAUCUUAUGGUAGAAUCAUUUUUGCAAAUAAAUAGAUGAAGAAUAAAAAGUAUAGAAAAAAAGAGAAAAAAAAA